ACAACUGGCUGCAAGCGAACAAAUGAUGCGCGUUUGGAGAAAUACUGUCGGAAUCCAAGGCUCAGCCAAUUGUUCACAUAACAACAGAAUGCAGCACGAGACUGAAGAGAGAAGAGACAAUCAACCUGCUAGUUACAGCAUCGGCUCUGGAAGGACAGCAGUAGGGUGCAACGGCAGUUUGCCAGUUAACUCACAGCAGCGCUUCCCGUGAACGAUAACGAAGAGGUAGGUGAGAAGCCUGGCCACGGAGACGGGGAUGAGAAGCCAGGAGACAUGGAGGAUGGGAAGAUUGAUCUGCUGGUAGUCAAAGAGGAGAGAAUAGAAGACAUAUCCGAGAGCACUGACCUGCUGAGUGGACUAAAGAUGGGGGAGCAAGGUGGUUGGCUAGAGGCUAACAGAGGAGUCUGGGUGUCCAUCUUGGAUUCCAAGACCGGUGUAGCCAAGAUCCCAGGGGACGACAUCACUGAGCAGGCCAGGACCAGAUGCAACAUAGUGGAGGUCAGCGGAUGGGACAGCGUCCUCAAUUCUGGGCUGGGGAACAACACUGUUAACCACAACCAGAAACAGACAGUGGAACACAAAACAACAGCUGAACUUAGUCUCCAUGACAACAGACUGGCUGAGACCAAGGCGAGACGUAGAUUAGGUCUGCGAGGGCGUGGAGGUGUCUGUAUUCAGCUGGAGAGAACAGACACAGAGUUGGUUAGCGAUGCUCCCUCCUGCUCCUAUAGUUGUGAUUCAGAGAGACUGAUGGCGCCUCAGGUUAACCCCCAAACAGGUGCUGCCUUCAACCUGCCUUCUAUAGGAUCUAUCAACUGGAACAUGGACCCUGAGACAACACAGACACUCCCUGGCCUUCGUCCUCCUCACACUUUCCUAAUGUUAAACCAGACCUCAGACAAUGCCAGUGCCUCAACACUAAAUGGCUACGCAAGCCCAUUGACAAAUGAAAGUGGUAGUAAUGCUAUCAGCAGAUCCAGUGGCAAAGAGAAGCGCUUCCUGUGUUCGUUCUGUGGGAAAGCCUUCAGUUUCCCCAAACAGGUGGAGAUCCACCAGAGGAUGCACACGGGGGAGAAACCAUUCAGCUGCCAUCUGUGCCGGGCUAGUUUCUCCCACUCGUCCAGCCUGAAAAGGCACCAGAUGGUCCACACAGGGGUGAAACCCUUCAGCUGUACCCAGUGUAACAUGCGCUUCGCCCAAGCUGGUGACCUGAAGAGGCACCAGAGGGUCCACACAGGGGAGAAACCCUUCAGCUGCCCCCAGUGUGAGAAGAGGUUCACCCGUCAGAACCAGCUGAAGAUGCACCUGAAGGUCCACACAGGAGAAAGGCCAUUUUCCAAUACGCACUGCAGGAAGAGGUUCUCAGAGAGGAGCUACCUCAGGAUACACCAGCAGAAAAACCAUUCCACUCUAUAACAUUGAAAGUAACCAUUCCUCUGGAUAUCUUCUGAUGUGUUGAUCAAACCUUGCAAUAAAGACAAAGAUACAUUUUCAUUGUUGUCAGCAGAAAAGACCCACAGAUGCAGAUUUCAGUGUUGAAUAUUCUUUGGGAGAAUAUUUCAUCCAGACAUUGUGUGAUAUAUAUGCCUAAAAAGCCUGCAUAGUGUUUUUAAUGUGUAGGCUAUGUGAUUUUCACAAAUACCUAUUUCAUUACUUCCAUUCAACUACCCCCCCACCCCCAUACACUUUUAAUGAGAAAGUGAAUGCAGUUUAUCAAGUUCAUGCAGUUUUAGUUGUUUGGGUUUUCAUAUGGCCUAUUUAAAACUGGUUUGUGUUUAAUAAACACUGACUUUUCA